AUGAUUCUGCUUAUGCAGAUUGAUGUUAUAAGAGCACAAUGUAGCCUGCUGGGAUAUGAAGAUGAUGACGUUAUCGGUUCUCAUCUUCAACGGUUUCCCAGGCGGACUGGGCGUGGUCCGGCGCUCAAUACAAGUGAAUGUGAUCUUAUAACCGACGUCCCGGAAGGAAUCCGAAACUCCAUGAACUUGGAUACCUUCUACCAGAAAUACACACAUGCGUACGGCGUGCCUGUUAUGUCAUCCAGUAAUCCUUCGGACGCUGCUCUGACGCGAGGCUGCUACACGGUGCGUUUCCUCCUAGCCGAUCGCCAGGAGUUAAGAGAUGCAAUGCAUGACGCAUACGGUCGAGUUGGUAUCAUCGGACUAUCAGAGAAAACUACAGAUAUCCCAGAGCAUUCUUACCUACCGGACUUCUGGAAUGAGCGGGCGAGGGGUUUAGGGGGCACUCCGAGAAUUCCUGUUACUACAAACGCGGAGGAAAACCUGUUGUGCCAUGGAAUGUUUCAAGAUCGAUGGUAUGAAGAGGAUGUUCUUGUCCACGAGUUCACACACGCGAUUCAUCUCAUUGCGGUCAAUCAGGUUGAUCCAACAUGGAAAGACAGGCUGGCCAAUGCUUACAGAAACGCCAAGGAGAAGGGUCUUUGGCAACACACCUACGCUAUUUCUAGAUCACUGGAGUACUUUGCAGAAGGAGUUCAGGCUUACUUCAGUGUGCAAACACACCGCACCUUUGUUGACAUGGUUCACAACGACAUCAGCACUAGGGAGGCGCUUCGAGAAUACGACCCGGAGCUGUAUGAAGUCAUACGGGAAAUCUUUCCAUGCGAGAAUGAAAUUGUCAAAAGAUGCAACAAUCAGACUGAGAUCGACUGGCAGCCUAUGCUGAUGGACUGCAAUUACGUUAGGCACACGACAACCCCCGCAAUUACCGACUUUAAAAUCACGACGUCAACAGAGGGUAGCACGCGGCUCUUCACAACGGUCAUUCCCAGUCAAAAAGUCACCACUUCAUCUCUUAAUGGCGCUACUUCGAGUACAAACGUACCAGAAGUCACAGAUUGCAAAGACGACGCACCAUUUUGUGAGGAAAUGGCCACGGUCAAUGAAUGUACCUACAAUGACGUCAUUCGUGAGAUGUGUCUCAGAAGUUGUCACUCAUGUGGAGGUUGCCAUGACUACAAGGAUCUGUGCUCUGACCUGGCCGAAAGAGAGUUUUGUAAACACAGAGAGACAUACAUGUCAACAUAUUGUAGGAAGAGUUGUCAGGCUUGCAAAUAAGCCCAAUAGACUUUCAAUUACAAGGGCUGUAUAAAUAUAAAAGUAAGACUGUAGACUUAAGCCAGAGCAGAUCAUUUCAUCCGAUAUUUAUUUUGUAAAAAAUAACCCCGACCUUCUAGUUUUUAUUGACAUUAUGGAGAACCGCCAACAUAGGAUGACUGGAUAGCUCAGUUGGUAGAGCACUAGUCUUGACCAAGUUUGUCAAGCCAAGCUUCUUCCCUGCACAAAUGGUCCGGCUAUUACCCUACUUGUCACGGCACAUAAUACGCCGCGCACUUUGCUAGUACGUAUAGAGAUGUACAGCGCACUUUGUCGGUACGUAUGCAGUACCUACCGUACCUUCGUACGUAAAACGUACACCCCCAUGCAGUAACCACUACGCGGCCGCAGUCGAGGCGAAAGACUGCCACUGCAUGGUUACUACAAUGCGGAUUUGUGUCUUGGGCGUAUCGGACAGGCAAAGCGGAGCUAGCCAGGGGCGGCCUGCCGCGCGGCGUGCGUACGUGUGCCGUGACAGGUAUGGUAAAUGGCUGCCGGACCGUUAGUUCAGGGAAAAAGCUUGCCUUGACAGGCUUGGUCAAGGCCAUUAGAGAACAGGAUCGGCAAUGCAAAGGUCACAGGUUCAAACCUCGCUCAAGUCAACUUCUUUGUUUCACUUAAAAACAACAUUUUUUCGAGUGUUAGUUUGUCAUGGAAGUUUAAAGUAAUUAUCAUUUGAUACCAAAUGAUCCACGACAUUCACCAUGCAUACCAUGUCCUCAAAAAAAAUUGCUAACAAAACAAACACAGUUCAGGAGCGUUGUGCCUUCAGGUUACGUAGUCGUCGGAGAGAAUACUUAGCUUCAGCGAUAUCUUGUUCAUGCUGAAACACAACUAUCCCACUAAAUACUUACUUGGCAGAAUGCGAGCUAACGUCAAUUAAUGUUUAUUUACUCUUAUGUUUAUUUGGGGAACCUUUCAAGUUCUUUGCCGCUGCAAUGCCAAAUAAAAACAGAAUGAUGGCUAGAAAAAAACCACAGGACAAAUAAGCAAAUUAAUAGGUCAAAGGAAAAAAUAAUCCUCGCGCUUCAUUGCAUCAAAGUAUGGCAUCAUGGUAGGACAAUGUCAAUAAUGAGGAUUGCGCCUUUUUGAAGGGCACAUGACAUGGAUUUUACUUAGGAACAUGUUUAGUGCUUUUUCUACUUUUCUUAAAUGUAUGAAGCUAUUUGACAUCCUUUUUGGGUAAUGUCAUUGAAAAGUGCACUUCUAUAAACAUGCCUGUAAAAUUUCCCUUA